GGGAGACGCUAUUAGCGCUAACAGCGUCGUUCUAUCUUUGUUACUUAUUGAAAGUUGAACAAAGACAGAACACGCUCAUAGCGCUAAAAGUGUGCUCCCCGAACUCAGCCUAGAUAUACUAUGUCUAUGGUCUAGAUAUACUAUGUCUAUGGUACCCCCCUUACCUCAGGGAACGAAUCGUUGACGCGUAGUGUACACGUGCACUUAACCUCGAAGUAUUUCAUGAAACGUUUUCAAAGAGAGCGCAAUAAAAAACCUCCUGGUGAUCAUUUUUAAAUUCGUCAAAUAUGCCUGCUCCAUGCGAAGACAUUAUCGAGGACAUCGAAGAUUUAAUCGCGUCGCAAGACAUAACGCCUAAAGAAAGAUAUAGCUCGAGGAAACAUAUUACGAUACGACCGAAACGAAGAAAGCAAGCGCAGGAGGAAGUUUCACAGCCGCCUAUCUUGUCAAGUAUAAUACCCGGCACGCAGACGAUCUACGUGAAAACAUGGGGUUGUACGCACAAUAAUUCGGACACUGAAUAUAUGGCCGGACAGCUGGCAUUGUACGGUUACAAUUUGUCUGACGAUAAGCUAAAAGCAGACUUGUGGCUUCUGAAUUCGUGCACCGUCAAGAAUCCUGCGGAGGAUCAGUUUAGGAAUGAAAUUGAAUAUGGCAAGAAAAUGGCCAAGCACAUUGUAGUUGCCGGAUGUGUACCACAAGGUGCUCCAAAAUCCUCCUUCCUACAAGGAUUGAGUAUAAUCGGAGUACAACAGAUUGACCGAGUAGUGGAAGUUGUGGAGGAAACCUUAAAAGGAAAUACAGUGAAAUUUUUACAUCAGAAAAAGAAUUCUGGUAAGAAGAUGGGUGGCGCUUCGCUGAGUCUUCCAAAAGUGCGGCGUAAUCCACUUAUUGAGAUCAUAGCUAUCAAUACAGGUUGCUUGAAUCAAUGUACCUACUGUAAAACAAAACACGCGCGAGGAGAACUGGGCAGUUAUCAUCCAGAAGAGAUAGUUGAGCGAACUAAACAGGCUUUUGAAGAGGGCGUGUGCGAGUUGUGGCUCACAUCGGAAGACACAGGCGCCUACGGUAAAGACAUCGGUUCCAGUUUGCCGGAAUUGUUAUGGAAACUGAUAGAUGUGAUUCCGGAAGGUUGUAUGAUGCGUGUAGGCAUGACCAAUCCACCAUACAUCCUCGAGCAUCUGGACGAGAUGGCUAAAAUCUUGCGACAUCCCAAAGUCUACAGUUUCCUGCACAUUCCGGUGCAAUCUGGCAGCGAUCAGGUGCUAGCCGAUAUGAAACGGGAGUACACAUGCGCUGAUUUCGAGCACUCGGUGAAUUUCCUGAGGGAUCGAGUGCCAGGUCUAACCAUCGCCACGGAUAUUAUUUGCGGCUUUCCCACUGAAACAGAAGUGGAUUUCGAACAGACGAUGACACUCUGCCAAAAAUAUAAGUUUCCGAGCCUCUUCAUCAAUCAGUUUUUUUCCCGGCCCGGCACACCCGCUGCUAGGAUGCCAAAGGUGCCCGCACAAGAGGUGAAGACCAGGACUAGAAGAUUAUCGGAAUUUUUCCAAUCGUACGAACCGUACCAACAUAAAGUGGGACUGUUGCAGAAAGUGCUAGUGACAGAGGUGUCACACGAUAAACAGCAUUACGUAGGCCAUAACAAAUUCUACGAACAGGUGUUGAUUCCCAUGAAGGAGAAGUAUAUGGGAAAAAUGGUUGACGUGAAAAUUAUAGAAGCGACAAAGUUUUCCAUGAAAGGGGAACCAAUUAGCGAAGGCGCAUCCCCGGCACUAAAAUCUUCUCUAUCGCGAGAAAUAGCCCUCCACAGAGCACUAGAAGAGACGAAGCCGUCGAGAUAUGGAAUAGCAACGAUUACGACAAUCUUUUUUGCUGUAAUAAUUAGGAUAUUAUGGAAAUUUUUAACUUAAAUAUAUAUAACUUAUUCUAAUAUUAUAUAUAAAUAGAGAUUAUAUAUACUGAAUACAUUAUAUACAUUACACACAAUGUGAAAUAAAUGUGGAAUUUUAUGUGCAUAA